GGAAGAACAAACCAAAAACAGAAGCCAGAAAUCGUGACUCGAAGUGAAUAUCCGGAGUUCUUGGCAACCAAUGGCCGCAGCUUCACGUCGAUGACGUACCGGUACAGAUUAGUUGUUGCACCAAAGAAAUUCAUACUGUCUUCUUCUGACAGUAGCACAACAUUACUCAUCGACCAUGACAAUGGCACCGUCACGAGGAAUACACAACGUUGACCUUCAUAACGAAAAUGACGAAGCCGCAGUGCAACAACAAUCCAAGUCCGCGCUCGUCAGCGCGAGACGCAACCUGAAUUACCUCAUUGCACCCGGAAGCGCGAGCGCCGAUAAGCCAGCUCGCUUACGCACAAGGGCCCUCCUCCGCACAUGUCGAUAUGUUGGACAAUUCAUCAUUUGGCGACUGGUGCGUUGGGCCAAAUACGCGGCUGUUGGGUUUCUCGUCGCCGCAAUUGGAGCUACUGCAUUCGGAGGCGUCAUCACCGGGGUGGGCUGGCUGGCGGCUCCUCCAACCUUUGGUGCGAGUAUCAUUGCAGCAAGUGUCUGGGGCGUGGGCAAGUUCGCAGCACGGAAAUUACACAGGCGGUGGAAGAAGGAAGGUGGCGACGAUGGCGCUGAGAUGAGAGAGCGGAUCGAGGACGAAGGGCCUGUCCGGAGAGAAGGAUCCUACGGUACCGACAUGGGCCCAAGAGCGGUUCCCUGGUGAUGGACGACGUGCUAUGAAAAGCGGUGCCAUGGAAGCAGGUGACGGUGUCUGCACGUCUAUGUGCAGCAGCCAGCGAUGGUAAGGCCACUGUGCGAGCAAGUGUCGAUGGUGAUGAUUACGAUGCUGCCUAAGCCACGCAGCCCUGCAUCUCAACAGAUUUUCGGAAAGGAAAGAAAUGUUAAUACAUGUGAUAAUGUGGUAUGGCAUUGGUCGGGAGACAUAUGAAGAGUUAUCAGGAUCAUAUGACGACCCUGGAGGCAGAAGGCAUCAGUUGCAAAGGCAGCCAAUCAUAUACUCACGGAUCUUCAUAUGGGUAUUGUUGAACAUUGUGUGGUGUGCAUCGCUCGAGCCAAAAGGUGAUGUGGCCACAAGGGAAUCGCAGUUGGCUAUACGAAAUACGACGGAAGAUCUGGCGCAUCAUCCUCUUGUUGGGGCCUGUCACAACUUUUGAGGCCUCGGCUCAUUUUCUCCGAGACGCAUUUGGUUUCCGAUCGCCUGGACCCAAUCCCUGUAGUCCGUAGUGUCCUCGUAAGUGCCGAGAUUUCUAGUCCGGCGUCAGCACGGAGGAUAUAUUUUUAACAGAGAGGGUCUUCGACAGUGGUCAGAGAGAAGCUUCCCUU